GCUCAGUUGGUAUUGGGCUUUCGUCUGGAGAGGAUUGGCUGGCCCAUAACACACAUCUCAAGAUGCAGAAACCCGCGCAAAGGGCUCUCCCAGAAGAGCAGGAAACCAUUGUGAAGCGGUUGCCCCGCGAACUACUCUAUCUAUGUGCCAUUCUUCUAAUGCUUGUCGCUCUCGUGGCGGGCUAUUCCCUGUGGAUGAUGUCCCACUCUGCGAACGCCGCAAACAAAGGCCUGCACAUACUCGAUCGCAGCGAAUGGCAGGGGGAACCACCGAGUGGAAAGUACCCGCACCUUCAGCUGCCUGUAUCCAACGUGAUUAUCCACCAUACAGCGACCGAAGGUUGCGACCGGGAGGACGUAUGCAUAUAUCGAAUGCAGAUUAUUCAAACCUUUCACAUGAAAUCCCUUGGCUGGCCGGACAUUGGCUACAAUUUCCUAGUGGGCGGCGAUGGUCAAAUCUAUGUGGGAAGAGGUUGGCACAUUCAGGGCCAGCACGUCAAGGGCUAUGGUGCCAUAUCCAUUAGUAUAGCUUUCAUUGGAACCUUUGUCAACAUGGAGCCGCCAUCCUGCCAGGUUGAGGCUGCCAGGCGAUUGAUGGAGGAGGGAGUGCGACUGCAUAAACUGCAUCCGGAUUAUCAUAUCUACGCUCAUAGGCAAGUCAGUCCCACGGAAAGUCCCGGCCAGAAACUUUUUGAAAUGAUGCAGCACUGGCCGCGCUACACACCGGAUAUAACGUCGUUGCGUCGCCUCAGCAAUGACACAUUGAAGUUUGUGACUCGACCUUAUUGGCUAGCCCAGCCUCCAAGUCAUUCUCUAGAACCCUUAAGGCCACCCGUCAGAACUGUGAGAUUCGAGACCACCAACAUCCCAGCUUGUACCACCCAGGCCGAGUGCACUUUCCGGGUGCGAAUGCUGCAAACGCUUCACAUGGAAGCCUCUGGUUAUAAGGACAUCAACUUUAACUUUGUGGUGGCCGGCGAUGGCAACAUCUAUGUGGGCAGGGGCUGGGAUCACAGCUGCCAGUCCUUUAGCAGCGAGGGUUCUCUUUCCAACAACCUAAUAAUAGGCUUUGUGGGACACUCGCCAAGCAAUAAGAAGCUGGCUUUGGAACUACUACAACAGGGCAUAAAACUGGGUCAUAUAAGCCAGGAUUAUACUCUGAUAGACCCGGAAUCAGACUCAGACUCGGAGAAAUCAUAGAAGCCGGGAGGGAUUAAAUGCAAGUGCCAUCUCGCAAAGUGAUACUAGUCUUAAAUAUUACUAUAAAAUAUCGAAUUUCUUAACUCAAUUUAAACUAGGGAUUAAAAUCGAGAUAUAAUCGAUAUAUAUAUCUAUAAAUAUAUCGCGCUCAAUAGAAUAUCGAAAAUAUCUAACAUUUCAUAUAUCGAAUUUUAGAAUAUCACAAAUGUUUAGAUUUAUCUUUUAAAUCUAUAUUUAUCAAAAAAUAUAAGAAUAAUUUUAGUUUAUGUAUUUUUCCUUUUUUUCGAUUAAAUUAGUUCAAUAUUUAAAACAAAAUUUCGAUUUAUCGCAACGUUAAAAUAUCGUUUUUCGCGUUAAAUAUCGAUAAAUUAUCGUUACCAUAUCAAUGUUUGUAACUCAUUUAAAAACUCUGUUGUAUUUAUAGAAAUAAACAUGCCUUUAUUGAGUUUUAACAACUUGUUGCUCUCUUUUUUGAUAUCUCAAUCGAACGAUGACUACUGCUAAUAUAUUUUUGAAAAACAGAUUGCGAUGUACGUGGUUUGAUUUCAACUUAACGAUAUAUACAGACUACAGACACACUUUGUGCUUACAACAAUUGGCUAAACGAAAUUCGUAAUUUGGAAAUUUUGGAACGCGACUACAUAAAACUUAGAAAAUUAGGCUACGGUUAGUGAGACAAUCCUGCAGUUAAAAAGGACUCAGGAUUAGUGAUCCAAGAUGCGCAUAUUGCCGGACACGAUCUUGUUCUCUAGAAUGGCACCGGCGGGUAUA